CUUUUAGAUUAUUUGGACAAUUAUGAAAAUUAGCUCACGUGGGGCUCUGGUGUCAGAGAAAGUCAUCCUUCCUGAUAGUGCUAGCCCCAUUAUGGCAAAUUGCAAUGGUAUGAGAAACCAUGGAGCAGGGAAUAAUGAAGCCAUCAGUGGUAAUGAAGUGGUAGGCAGUGAUUUGAAAAAGACAUUCAGUGAUACUGGAGCCACAAGUAGGAUGGAGGAAACAGAAGAACCUCAGGGCAGUGAUGGUAGUUGUGAUCCAUUGAAUGGGUCAACAAAGUCAGAGUGUAGGGACUCUGAUAGCAGUGAAGAUGUAGAUGAAGACUCUAAGGAAGAUGAAGAAUUUGUAAUAGAAACAAGUGGUGUGUGCAAAGAAAAAGAAUCUGUGAUUGGUGAAGAAAUGGAGCAAGAUGAGAACAGUGUCUUACAGAGCUCUGACACAGAACUCACAGAGGAUGCUUCUAUCAAUGGUCAAGUUGACAAAGUGAAUGGUGAUGUUGAGGAGAGGUGUUCAGAUGAUGAAAACCCAGAUCAGGAGGAUAUCCAGAGAGACCUUUCUGAUAUGGAAGACAGUGACAGUCAAGAUCCAUUGGGUGAUGAUCCUCUUGGUGACACAUGCAAAAGUGAUGCAACUCCCAGGGACGGAAGUGAUGUUGAAAUGGAUGAUGACAAAAUUGAAACUAAUGAAUCAGAUUCCUCAGAUGAGGACCUCUCGGGUGUGGAUCAAAGUGUGAGCAUGGAUUCUGACAUCUCAAAUGACAAAGCUAAAUCAACCACCCCUUCUUCGACAGCCUCAAUGGUAGUUGUUGACACCAGUGCCAUUAUUGCUGGAAGAGGUCCUGUUCCCCUGAAUAAGGUGUCAGGGAAAGUUCCUUCUGAUGAUAUGAAUUUUCUUAUUCAAUCAUCUGCUCCAAAAAUACUCUCUGAUCAACAGCAUCUGGACGAUGAGUCAUUUGUUGUUGAAGCUCCAUCAUUUGUAGUUCCAUAUAUAUAUGAGAAGCCUUGCAAGGCAGGCCUUGUUGAUUUUGUCAAGAAAUUGAGAGAGGAACUGAAGCUGGAGAAACCAGAACCCCAAGCUAAAGCCCUGGAUGAAGCAAAAGUACAAGUGGAAAAGAAAAAGGCUGAAAGCACUUCUGAUCUUUCCAGUAAAGCCAGUGAAAGUGAUCAAGAUGCCUGGAAGAAGGGUUUGAAGGAAGAGCAUUUCUUCACACUCCCUGUAGGGAUGUUCCUCUUUGGUCUUGGAGAGAAACUUGUGCAGGAAUAUGUUCAACAUGAUCUCUUGAAAAUGCAGAAAAGGAAAGCUGAUAAACAGGGAAAAGCAGCAUCUAUGGAACUCUUGGAGAGCAUAAAAAAUUUGUCCCACAAUGUGAAAGACACCAAAGGGCAGAAUAUUGCAUUCCAUUUCUCUUUUGAGAAGUGUAAGUUUUGCUCGUUCCGAACUGAUUCAGCAGUGGUGAUGGCUCAUCAUAUGGAGGUGCCACACAUGUUGAACUACACCUACAAGUGCAAUUUUUGCCCUUAUGAAACCAGAUCACCUCCUGAGGUAAUUUUUCAUGUAGAAGCUGAGCAUAAUGUGAGAGCCAGGCUGGAACGGGGCCUCUUCCCACAUCAGUGUCCAUUUUGUCCAUGGGAAGAUGGGAACAAAACAAAGUUCAAGAGACAUAUCCUUGCUUGUGAAAAGAGAUUUAAGCCAAGCGCCAACUUGUGCCCACCCUUGGAUUGGGAGCCUCCUGCCAAAAUUUCUCGAAUUGCCUCACGUGGCAGACCAAGUUUACUUGGUCCGCAUUUUGCUCCAGACAGAAUGGGUCCUUUUGGAGGAGCUUCUGCUUCAAGAUUUCACCCCCUGGUCCCCAAAGCACAAGCUCAGGCAGCUAAUGCUAUGAUUGCUGCUGCAAGUUCACAAAGAGGAAGACCCAGAAGUGGUCCCAUUAUUGCUACAAUCCCUCCCAGACCUCUGCUACCUCAAGGGAAAAUGUCUCUCAUUUCAACACCUUCUGGAUUUUUGUAUUCUCGCCCCUCCAUGACUCAACCUCCACUUGUACUUCCACCAGGAUCACCCUUUGGUCCCUUGCCCAGUUCUUAUCCCUUGCCAAGUGGAACUUCUCCUCAUCUAUUUCAGAUGGUGGGUGGCCAGAUGGUACCCAUUUCAAGUACUCCAAGGUUGGCAUUGAUUCCCAGUAAUGCUGGAAUCACCAGCUCUUCAAGCACAAGUAACUUGAAGAUCACACCUACUCCAUCAGUGACCCUCAUGCCUUCAGCUGCUCGGCCUCCAGCCAAAGCUGCUCCCAGCCGAACAAAUCUUCCUGCAACUCUUCCAUCUUCUCUGACAAUUCAGACUGUGAAGGACUCCAGAGGUUCUGGUACAUCAAGACUUCCACAACAACCCAGUAUAUCCAUCACUCCACUUCCGAGAAAUGCUGGGAGCUCAAGGAAGUUAGACUCUGUUCAUGGAAAAGUUGAUGUUGGGAAAUCCAUUCCCAGUGGAGUCCCCACAAAAGCUAAACCUGGGCAGCCAGCUGCAACUUUUGUCAUUUGUGAAAUCUGUGAUGGUUAUAUCAAGGACCUGGAGCAGUUGAGGAAUCACAUGCAAUGGAUUCACAAAGUGAAAAUUCAUCCAAAAAUGAUCCACAACCGGCCACCACUGAAUUGUCAAAAAUGUCAAUUCCGGUUCUUCACCGAUCAAGGCCUCGAAAGGCAUUUAUUAGGUUCUCAUGGCUUAGUGACUUCAUCUAUGCAAGAAGCUGCAAACAGGGGUCAGGACAGUGGUCGCUGUCCAAUUUGUGGCAAGGUGUACCAAUGGAAGCUUCUGGUGCAUGUAUCCAAAGACCACAAAGUCACGCUGAAACCUGCCCAUCUGUCAUACAAAUGCACUGUCUGCACUGCUACCUUCAGCAUGUACCGGUUAUUUGAACAGCAUGUCUACAGUGCACAUAGUUUGGUAGCAAAGAAGGUAUCCAAUUCAUAUGCUGGAAAAAAAGUGACCAGUACUCCCCCUCCACAAGUAAAGACAUCAUCCGCUCGAUCAAGUCCCUCAGGAGCCAUCAAGAUCAACAACGAAAUCACCAUCAUUCCUCAGCCAAAAGGUGCACCUGACAGCAGCAGCAACAGCAGCAGCACCAGCACCACUACCAUUACAACCACCACCGCCACUUCCACUACCAUUACUGCUACUACUACUACUUCCUCUGCAACCACAACACCUGUCAAGCAUACUUGCAAGGAAUGCAAGGAAGAGUUGAUGGGAUUUUCUGCAUAUGUUGAUCACUGGAGAGAGAAACACUUGGGGAAGGCAUCAGCACCCCUCAGCUCUGCGGAUAAGAGAAGUUCUGAUGAAUUGAACAUUAGAGAAAAGUCUGAAGCCCCUGUGAGUGUGAUUGACCUUGAAAAACUCCGAAAGGGCUCGGAGACCAAGGACACAUUGAAAGCAUCUCCACGUCGGUCUUUGGGUGCUGAUAGCAAAGAUGGUCCUUUGCCCACACGGAAAUCCGAGAGGCUUGUUCAACGCUCAACCAAGGCUCCAACCGGUGGUGAUCCUGAUAGUGGCAACAGUGGAUCUUGAAAUUGAGAUUAGCAUUCCAUAUUUCACUUGGGGAAAAUUUUUGUUGCUAGAACAGCGUCAGUGAUCAGCAGACCAGGGUAGCCUGCCAAAGAUAAGCUGUUGGGUAUGUGCAACUUCUUUUUUUUUUGCAUUAUGUAGUAAGCAAAUUUCUGCAGAUGAGCCAGAGAAACUCAUCUGUGGAAGCUUUUGACAGUGUUGUGGAAUGAUGAAAUUGAAGUAGGACUAGGUAAUUCACUGAAUGCAGAUUUCUGCCAGUCAUUUAGUUCACAAGGAACAUGUGACAAACCCAAAAAUGCCAGUAUCAUUGCACAGGAGGAGGCAUACUGUCUUUGGAAUUAUUUGUUUGUGCAUUGGCACUGUGCAACUCUAGGUAUUCCCUCCCUCCCUGACUCCAGCAAAUCUUAUAAUUGGUAAUGGCCUUUUUUCUUUUUUCUCCCCUGAGCUUUGAGUACAAAUAAAUGCAGGCAGUUGCUGAACAAUCAUUUCAAUUAUGCUUUUCAUUAAAGAUAAUUUAUUAUACUGCAAAGCAACUUCAUAAUCGUUGGUGCUGACAGCCAAUAUUUGACAGAAGGCAGCAAGCAUUAAUAUCAGAGUCUUUGACCAUAUCACACAUGAGGAGGGGUGCUGUUUCUGUGGACUUCUUGAUCUGUCUCCUCCUUUGAGCUGAGUACACGUCUUUGACCAUGAUUGCUAGUGUUCCCAUACCUCAGCCUGAUCUGUGACAUGAUCAUGAUUCUUUUUCAUGAGUGUUAAAGGUCAGUGUCAUGUUUUGGAGCACUUCUUUCUGUGAAAGAUAUUGCUUUGAUUCUCUUUCUAAUUCCAUGGCAUGCAACAUUUAAGAAAAUAUGAGCUCUUACUUUAGUCAGGAUUUCAAUUGGUCAUAAAUUAAGAGUGGAUUGUCUUGAACUGAUUUUGAUCUCCUACCUGCUGGCCUCUUCUUUUCUCUUUGUGUCUUUCCCACUUGAAUCAUGGCUUUCAGAUGCAGUAUGUCUAUGGUGUAUUUGAAAAUUGUCCACAGAGAAAUACAUUGUCACAUUACCAUAGGCCUUUUCUCAGUAUUUCUCAUCCUAAAAGCAAUUGCUAGCUUGCAAUCUCUUUCCAUGGAUAUCCCAGAUGGACUGCAAAUCAAUGAGAGUGGAGGCAAUGACACAUGCAGGGCCCCUGGGUGUUCUGCGCUUUUCAAGCAGGACAGGCACUCUUUCAUAGAUCAUGUGUUUGAGUCCUGCGUUCUUCUCAGAGUCGGUGUGAAGCAGAAUCUCCACUCAUACAUUUAGUCCAUAAUAGGGAUAAUUUUUUCAAUAAUGCUGUAAGAGAAGUGGUGCACACACCCAUUUAAAGUCCCUAUUUAUGGCGUAGAGCUGGAGUCCUUUCUGUCAUUUUCAUGGCACAAUAUUUGUAGCUUUUUGCUCUUCAGUCUACUCCCGGUCAGGAGCAUCGGUGGAUGGAUAUGGAAGCUGGUCCUUAGGAUGGGUACCCAUGCUUUGGAGCUGUGGAAGUGGCAUAUAUUUUGAAGGCCUGAAUUUUGUAUAGAUAGAUACUAUUUAUACCUUUUUUUAUGUCCAAGAUGUGCCCGUGUAUUUAAGUCCCUGCAAAUAAAGAGAGAUGUUCAUUUUCUA